CUGUAGUAAACGUAGAUAUAACGCGCGGCUGCGCCCGCGCCGGGCAGUCAUUAAAUAGCUACGAUACUAUCGAUACGUGUGUUUGACUCAAUCCUCCCGCUAUACCGUUUACAACAGUGGCGACGACAGUGCGAAUUAGUAAAACGCGUGUUUAAAUAAUGGCCAAAUUAGCAGUUGGUUCAUUAACAGUUUUUAACCACGAAGUUCAAGAGUGGUCACUUUAUAAAGAUAGACUGGAACAAUGGUUCCUAGCAAACGAUAUCGGGGAGGACGACAAAAAGAAUAAGCGGCGGGCAAUUCUUUUAAGCAACUUAGCGGAAUCGACCUAUAGACUCGUGCGUGAUUUAGCUUUACCCUCCGUAGUUGGCGAAUUACCGUACAAUACAGUGAUUGAACUUUUGGACAGCCAUUUCAAGCCCAAGAAAUGUGGAUUUGCAGAGAGAUUUAGGUUCCACAGUGCUACACAACGUCCAGGCGAGAAACUAACAGAGUGGGCCGCUCGCGUGCGUAGUUUGGCAGCAUACUGCGGGUUUACUGCGACCACUUUGGAUGAAGCUUUACGGGAUCGGUUCGUUUUAGGAAUGGCACCAGGGCCUGAGAGAGAUAAGUUAUUCACGAGGAAGAUGGACGAGCUGACGCUGAGCGCAGCGUUAGAUAUAGCCGAGAACAUUCGUUGUGCCCGUACUGGCUCGCAGCAAACUUCUUCGCAGGCUUCACAAGCAGAUGCUUCGGGCCAGGAGCCCUUGCAGGUGUUUAAGGUACAAGCGACACCGGCACCUAAGCGCGGGGCGGCAGCGGAGGCGCGGCAGCAAGCGUCCGGCGCGCGCCCAUCAGCGGCAACAGGAGCGGCUAGCUGCGCGGCCUGUGGUUACACGAAUCAUCAAAUUGAAACGUGUAAAUUUACGCGUUAUAAAUGUAAGCAGUGCGGUAAAAAAGGGCACCUGAAAAGGAUGUGCCCCUCAAAAAACGUCGGUGGACAACAUUUUAUCGAGUGUUGCGCGGACGGCGAGGAUUGCGACAUUUAUGAUGAUGACGUGUUUGCAGCGUGAAUACUACUCUGGUAACCGUCAUGUAGAAUUCGAAUUAGAAGAGUCAGUGUUAGUGCAAAGUGUAGUAAAUAAAAAGACAUUCUGGGUACGUGGUGUUAUUGUGAAGAAGAUAGGCCGGACAUUAUU